AUGCUUCGGGGCAAGUACCUUGUACGACAUUCUAUACGAACAAAGUCUACAGGUUUUCUGCCUAUAACUUUUACCCCUACAGCUAACCAAGCCCGUCACAUUUUUGAAGAAGAAAAACUCACACCUGAGGAAAACUAUGCAGCUGUUCCUGAUAAACCAGAUUUUUCAUCAAUUUCUAAAGCACAUUAUAGGAUUAUAAAUCCAGAGGAUGUUGCUGACCUUGUCACCAAACUUAAUACCAAUGACGUCUUGGUUUCAUCACUCUCCAGGAGCCGGACUUUAUACGGAGACACCUCGUACCGAAUCAAGAGCCUAAAUACGAAAAGUGAGAUCAAUGAGCUUGAGCCCAAAGCUGAGCCUACUAUUUUCCCAUACGCGAGCAUUUUGUUUGGCUGGAAAAAGGUAUACAAUCAGCAGAUCAAACCGCUCCAAGAUUUGGAGCCAGUUCAAAAGACAGAAAAACCCCGUUUGGACUCAAAAUUCCACAAAUUAUUUACCGAUUCUCAUCAUCACAAGUUUGAAGAGUUUUUUAUCGACACAAGAGCUUUUCGUAACUCAGAUCUUAAUAGCAAUGGAGGAACUUCUUUAUUGGAACUACGUGAAGCAUUCACUGUUGAAGAUGCAUCGAACGUGGUUCUUGAUUGUAUAGGAGAUUCAAAGUCUUCUUUUUUGGAAUUUUUAAACUUUAUUAUACCAAACAUUGGCUAUUUCAGGAUAGAAGGAUUAAAACAUUUUCUUUCACGCGUGAGCAAGUUGAGUAUUGAACUCAACGCUGGAGCCGCUGAGUUAAAGACAUUGGUAGAAGCUAUUGAUGCACAACAUAAAAAGGUGAUUUCUAUUUUGGAUCUGCGCACAUUGAACAACAUUGCGCUUGCAGUUACAGAAUUAGACCCCAAAUUGAGUGCACGAAUGAUGAAAUAUAUGAUUGAUGAUCUGGUAUGUCCCAGCGAAAUGGCAGUUGAAAAGUUUAUAAAGAGUCUCGGGAGUUUAAGUCGGGAUCAAACCUUAAGAGAGUUGACUUUCCUUAAACCUGUUUUGUUUCAUCGACAACCAGGUUCAAAUUUUUUUGCAGCAGUUUUACAUACAAUCACCAACAUAAACGAGGUCAAUAAACUUGUUAUUUUUUUAAAACGGUAUCCAGGCUUACUCGCCCAAGAACAAACUUCUAUAUACAAAAAGAUUGAAGAGUUAGGUGCCUGCACAUCCUUGUACAUAUCUCAGUUUUUAAAAGUCUUGAAAACCAGCGACAUAAAAUUGAGCAAUGAUCUUUUCCAGGCAAUCGCUUCAAAAUAUGAUAAUAGUCCGCGCAUUGUAGCUGCAUUAAGUCAACUAAUAUAA